UUUCUUAUUUCACUGACGCCUUUUGUCUGUCUUUCACGAUUCCCAAAUUUCUGGAAGGCCCACGCGGUGCACUUGUUUCAACAGUUUUAGUCUUGUAAAAGAUGGCAAACCCCAAAGUUUUCUUUGACCUAACGGCUGGUGGCAAGCCAGUUGGCAGAGUAAUAAUGGAGCUAAGAGCUGAUGUUGUCCCCAAAACAGCAGAGAACUUCAGGCAGCUGUGCACAGGAGCGCCUGGAUUUGGCUACAAGGGAUCAACCUUCCAUCGUGUCAUCCCAGACUUCAUGUGCCAGGGUGGUGACUUCACAAACCACAACGGAACCGGUGGAAAGUCGAUCUAUGGGAACAAAUUUGCAGAUGAGAACUUCACCCUGAAGCACACAGGUCCUGGAAUUCUUUCCAUGGCCAAUGCUGGGCCCAACACCAAUGGCUCCCAGUUCUUCGUCUGCACUGAUGAAACCACCUGGCUGGAUGGGAAACAUGUUGUGUUUGGAAGUGUUGUGGAGGGCCUGGAUGUUAUAAGGAAAGUGGAGGGUUACGGCUCCAAGAGUGGCAAAACCAGUGCCAAGAUAGUCGUCGCAGACUGUGGCCAGUUGUAGACUCAACAUUGUCUACAAUCUAGUCUUGAAAACGUCCCUCCAAUACCCCCGGUCAAAAGUGUUACAUUCUGAACAUUGAGAGUUGUGUAUGGUGGUUUUUUGUUUUGUUUGUUUUUUCAUUAAAUGUGUGAAAAUCCCUUUCCACAACCUUUCUCUGUUUGGAAUUUCCUUUUUGAUGUCAUAUCUGAUCAGUCCAAUGGCAUCUCACUUGUGAAAAUAAAGUAUAACAAUAUCUCCAAA